AUGCCCAAAGUGGAUCUCGCUUUUCCAAAGCCAAAAGUGAUGCGACAUCAACCAGCCAAGAGGGAGGCAGUGACAAUUGAAGAGGCUCGUGAGGAAAUUGAGAAUGGCUUCAAGGAAGUUAUGGACGCUAUUCUCCAUGAUCUACAUCUCAAAGCACAUGUGGAGAGAGUGGAAACGGAUUUUCUUCCAAUAGAUGUGUUGAAAGAUUGUGCCGAGGAUACUCCCUUUAACUACUCAAAAGGACUCAUCUACUGCGGGGCAGCUCCUUUCAUGAUCCAAGGUGAAAUUGUGAUCAAGUUAGAUACCCUGAUCAACAAAGCCAUAUUCGAAGAUGCGUUCGAUGCGGUA